GGGUUGGAGCGCCCCGUGCCCAGCCGCACGUCCCAGCCGCUGCUGCGCACUCCUGCUUCUCGGGGCUCAGAGGACCCGGGCACGUUCUGGGCUGAAGAUUCCAGGACUGGGGGCCGCUUCCCACUCCGGGGACCCAGAGGAACACUCGAACCGUCCCUGUCCCAGGAACUUUCCGCAGACCUGGUGCGAUACAGCUGCGGCGAGGGCCGUGCGUUCUAAACACAGCUGUGCACGACCGUGCCCUUAACUUCCAGCUGCCGUCUAUGCAGGCUCUUGGCCCUGAGGGGAGGCUGGAGCUCUGAUGGAUGAGCCCCAGCCUCAGGAGACAGCCUUCUGCCCGGUUGUCGGUCCUGAUUGUGUCAAAGCCCGAGGGAGAAGAACCCGGAGUUUGGACUCAGGGGUGGUGGUUUGCAGCCCUGCUCUGUCCCUGGUCUUUUUGCUGCUCUGUCUCCCAACCUUGUGUCUUCAUCUGUGAAAUGGAGAGAAUAGCCUUUGCAUACUGAAAUCAGAUGAGAAAGGGGUGUGCAAAGUAUCUUGGAGAGAAGCCUUCCUCCCCGCCUCCCUCCUCUCCUCCUCUGCCUCUACUGAGGACUUGGUUGUUCCUGUCACCCGUUCCCUCGCCCCCUGUCCCUUCCAAAAAUUCCUUGAGGAGCGAAACAGCAUGGACGCAGCCAGCCAGGUCCCUGCGGAAGUCGAGCUCCCCAAGCACAUCCUGGACAUCUGGGUCAUUGUCCUCGUCAUCCUGGCCACCAUUGUCAUCAUGACCUCCUUGCUGCUGUGCCCGGCCACUGCAGUCAUCAUCUAUCGCAUGCGGGCGCAUCCUGUCCUCAAUGGGGCCGUCUGAGGUCUUCCCAAGAGGGGCAGGGGAGGGGUGAGGGCAGCGUCCCCUCCCCUGGACUCUUCCCUCCUCAGAACAGCAGCAGGAGGGAGUCUGGAGUAUAGAUUCUGGAGCUUGGUGUGUGAGGGGAGGCCCAAGUUCCGUUUUGGUUCUGCCACUGGCCAGCUGUGUGAGUUCCGCCAGGGGACCUGAUUCCAUGAGUUCCAAGGCCCUCAUCUUCCAGAUGGAGGAUUGCGACCCCUGCCCUUCCUACCUCCGAGGGUCGUGAGAACCGAGGACCUGGGGGAGGUUCCAGCUGUCUGAGAGCAGACACUCAGAGGGUACUGCUGAGUGUCCAGAAGCCCUGAAGAACCAAAGAACCUGACUGCUGCUGCUGGCCUUCAAGGUGGCCAGGGGAGACGCUGGGCGCAGAGUGGCCUUUGUCGGUGCCCCUCCCGUCAAACCAAGCGAAGGCACCCUGUCCUCGUCCCAAGGGGCCAUCAGCACACUGGCUCAAAGUUAUUUCCUUUGAGGUGCCAUUCCCUCGAGUUUUCUGAUUUGGGCGGAAAUUGAUCAUGCGGGGGAGGAGAUGGGUAGAACUUUCCAGGACCUUCUCUGUGCCAGAGUCUGCCCACGUGCAGUCUGGAGGAGGGCUCUGCCAUUUCUUGGCAAUGCCGAGGGAGCUGGGCAGCUCUGUCAUUCUGCUCUGGACUGGCAGAGCUUUGGCACUCUAGUAAUGUUGGAAAACGCUGAGUGGCUGAGCUCCCCGGCCAGCUUUCAGGGUCUCCAGCCCCCUCUGCUUGUGUGCCCCACACCGGGGAGCUCUGUCCCUCUGCCCCAGCUCCUGCCAUGAUUCACUCCAUGGUAUCGCGUGUACGCCCUUCACUCCCUCCCACCAGCACUGCAACCGAUCCAAGGUACAGACUUACAGUGUGAGAAGUGUUCCCAGGAUUUUUGAAACUAACUCAAAACAAUGAUGGCUCUUUAGAUGCUAUGGCUUAUAUUUAUAUAGAGGGAUUUCUGGACCACUCAAGCUCUUUGACCCAAACCAGGAGCAUCCUGGGGUCUAUUAAAUUAUAUAAGAAGAUAGCACAGGUAUCUGGACAUCACAGUGUGUAAAUGAUGCUUUUACGCCGACAUGAUCUCAUUGAUGUACACAACCAGUUAACAAUAAAGUGCUGGAACGAG